ACGUAGCCAUCAGAAUGCUAUACCGAUACAUAAUAGUAUACUAAAGUCACAAGUGCCUAACCCAUGUGUCCGUAGUCUCAGUUUCGUAUUAAAACACCAUAUUGGCCUCUGAUUCUAUUCAUUGGUAAAUUUUGUCGAUCACUUUAUUUACUCUUAUAAAAAUAUGUGGUCAACUGGUUGGGAAGUAGUUGGUAAGAAUAAGAAGGCCAAAUUGGCCGGAAAACUUUCAAAAUUGUCAAAGGCUGAGAAAAAGAAAUUCAUUGAGAAUGCACCAAAAGUUGAGGAUUUCCUUCCUCUUGAUCAAGUGAAAACACUCUACGACAACUUAGAAGGCGAUAAGGAAAAUAAUCAACCAAAAAAUAAAGGAUAUAAAACUAAAGAGAAUGAGGAAAAGAAAAAGCAGCACCAACAGAAAUGUCAGCAAAAUGACAGAAAACAGCCGAUCAAAGGAAAAUUUAAAGAAAAAUUGAGUAAAAUCACAGAUAGAAAUGCUAUGACUGUAGAAAAAAUUAACGAACUCCUAGAAACAAAUAGGAUGCGAUUUCCAGAAGCUCCACUCAUUUGGCUCAAGGACCUGGUCGCAUAUGUUAACAGGACAAUUACGCAGGAUAAUCCAGACUUUAUUUUCCAAUCUACUUCAGAUACUUAUCCGCUGAGUUUAAUUCCAAAAUCCAUUCGUACAAUCUUCGAGAGAGUUAUCAAAGGUGCAGGGGCUCAAAAUGUUCAAUUAUUUUAUGAGGGAACUCUCCUUUUAAUGGUGAAGAACAUGUCCAACGAGAGUCCAGAUAUGGGGAGCAAGAUAUUUCUGCAAUUGUUGGCGCAAAUAUAUCCAGAGAUCACAGCAUUAAAUAUCGAGAAACAUAUUAGUCUCAGAAAUUCUUAUCAAAAUAAAAAAUCAAUCGGUUUUGCAUUGCUUUGGGCUCUUUCUCAGGGGGGGAAAAAAAAUCCAGGGGUAGGCCUAGCACUGUGGCAUGAAGUUAUGGCUCCCAUGUUAGAAUCCCGAAUUUAUGCUAGUUAUGUUCUAAAAAUAUUAAGAAAAAUUCUCGCGAAUUGUAAGAAUCCGAAUAAUCUGACGCAACAGAUGUUGUUGGAAAUUAUUGAGGAUUUAUAUUCUGGGAAGAUCAAUAUUUCAAAUGCUGUUGAAAAGGAGAUUGAAGAAUGCGGAGAACUAUUGAAGGUGGCAGCUAUGGAAAGUAAUCAAAUUGAUCAUCUGUUGCUAUUUGAAAAUUUAUUUGGCAGAAUUACAUUAAAGAUUACUCCAACUCUCAGAGAUCAAUUAUUGACAAUACUAACAGCUUGCAUUGCUGUUGAAUCCAAGUGUUUAGAUUCCUGGAUAAGUCUACAUGUGAGGCAUCUUUACACAUCGGAAUUGCUCCUCAAACAAUUAGGUGACAAUUGGCAUGAUAUUGACACUCAACUAAAUUGCAGUGCUUUAAAGUUUUGCCUGGAAACAAUUAUCUCAAUGGACAUCAAAACGAAAAAAGGAAAGGAAGAAGCCUGUGUAGCCGCCUGUCGAAAACGUGCAGAGAGUUUAUCACGGAAAAUGACAGCGUCACCGAAAAAGCAACGACCAUUCCCAUGGAAAAGAGGUUCCUUGUUGCUUUUCCUUCUCAUUAGUGCUGUUGUUGCUUAUGACUACAGAAACCAUGGCUGUUUCGAAGCCUCUACCACUGGACAUUUCGUGAAAAUAAGCGGCGUAAUGGGAUACGCACAAAAGAUUCUUACGGUGACCAAGUUUUACUCAGACAACGGAUUAGACUACUUGAAAGCAAUAUCGCCUGAGUAUUACGAAACUAUUGCUGAUUCAACAAUCCACUACAGUAAAUUGGCUGGUGACUUUUACCUUGUCGGAAGAAACCUAAUCAUGAGAAUCUACAAUAAUACAGCUAACUAUGCCGACGAGAAGUGGCCAAUUGUUCUGGCUAAUAUUGAAGAAUACUUCCCCGGCUGGCUUCACACAUUGCGGACAAUUGCAAUAAAAGUGUUGGAAUGUACUAAACAAUACUCAAAUUCAACUGCUGAUUACAUCAUUGAUAAAUCACAUGUUUUCAUUCAAUGGCUACAGUCUAGCGUUUUUGUGGGCAAGUGGAGUCCAGAAAAUAUAAGAAGCUACGCGAUGAAAGCGGUUGAUUUCACUCAAGAACAUGCGACUCAAAUCUAUGAUUGGGUAUAUGAGAAAGUGCAAACUCUGUCAAAGAUCCAGUGAAUCGUCAAAGGAGUACGAGUUAUAACAAAAUCAACUAUACAAAAGCCACAGAUGGAGGCACAAACCGAUCAAGAGUAAACAUAACAAUGAAGGUUUUACGAAACAAAAAAUACCAUACAACCAUAGAAAAAACCAUUUUAUAUUUCUGCAUUUACUUAUAUUUAUAUAAAUAUGAUCAAUUGUUCAGUUCCUUGAACAUGUAUACCUUUAGCAUUAGUGCGACAGCCAUUUUACCUGUGAUAUUCCGGAAAACCCAAAAAUUAUAAGAAAAACGUAUCUCUCCUGAAAUAUCUGGAACUUUUCAAUUGGUGCCCGUCUGCCUUUUUUCCUAUGAAUUAAACUACUGGCAAAAAAAAAACAAUGAAAUAAACAUUAUUGAAUUAUUA